AUGCCCACACCUCCCACACAUGCCUGCACCCCCCACAUGCCCGCACCCCACACAUGCCCGCACCCCCCACAUGCCCGCACCCCCCACAUGCCCGUGCCUCCCCCCGUGCCUCCCCCCGUGCCUGCACCUCCCCCCAUGCCCGCACAUCCCCCCCCCCCCAUGUCCGCACCUCCCUCAUGCCUGCACCUCGUGAGCAGGGAUAUGAGCAGCAACUGCUUCACAUGCAGCAACGGCUUCGCAGGGCCCAUUCCGCCUCAGAUCGCCACUCUCACCAACCUCACCACCUUAAGCUUGGGUGGGAACGAGGGAUUGGUUGGCAGCAUUCCAGAGGCAAUAGGCAACCUCACGUCCCUGGAGUCUCUGUCAGUGACCACGUGCCUUGUGAGCCUUCCAUCAACUCCCAUCCGCCACCCUGCCUCCCAUCCGCCACCCUGCCUCCCAUCCGCCACCCUGCCUCCCAUCCGCCACCCUGCCUCCCAUCCGCCACCCUGCCUCCCCCGAGGUGCCGCAUUCGUGCAAUCUCGCCACCAUGCCUCCCUUUUUCCCUUCUACUCCCUCCUGCUCCUCUCCCUCACCUUUCCCCAUCUUCACUCCACUGCUCUCCUCUCCUUGUCUCUCGUCCCCUUGUCCCCCCAUGUCCUCCGGCGCCCUCCCCUCCUGCUGCUCCGCUCACUUUCACUACCCCCAGGCGAUUCGAGAUCCUCCCCUCCAGCCCCUCCAGCCCCUCGAGCGCUCAGGGGGCGCCAGGUCCUCCUCUCCCUCGACGCGUCUCAUCAUUGCUGUGGCAGUGCCACUGCUGCAUCUGCUGCUGCUGCUGCUGCUGCUGCUGCUGCUGCUGCUGCGAGAGUUGCUGCUUCUGAUCCUGCUGUGCUUCUUUCCCCAUCUGGCCGUGCUGCUGCUCCUGCUGCUGUGGGCGGUGCUGUGGUGGUGGAGAAGACGGGAGCAGGGGGAGAAGCACGGUGGGUGUUUGUGCUGGUAGGUAAGCACAACGCUCGCAUUUUCACGCAUUUGCAUGUGUGUGCUGCUGCUGCUGCUGCUGCCGCUGCCGCUGCCGCUGCCGCUGCUGGUGUGGGCUGUGAUGUGGAGGUGGAAACGACGGGAUCAGGUAGAGAAGCAAGGCCCGUCACCCUCACAGUGGCUGCUGGAGAGGGAGAGGAGCCCAUUGACUGCCAGCAGUAUUCCACAGGGGACAUGCGCCGAGCCACAGCGGACUGGUCAUCGCGCGCCAUCACCCUUCACGGUUGCUGUUGGGGAAGGCGAAGAGCCAAUCGAUUGCAGCAGUAUUGGCGGACUGGCCCUCGCGGAACCGCAUCCCACCGCCCGGUAUCCCUGACUUCCACUCCCCUGUACCCGCCCCCACCCCUUGCAGGCCCAUCACCCUUCACGGUCGCUGUUGGGGAGGGAGAGGAGCCCAUCAACUGCCAGCAGUACUCGAUAGAGGACAUGCGGCGGGCCACAGCGGACUGUCGGGGGGCCCCUUCUCCCUUCCCCCCCCUGGCAGAUGGAGCACAUGGCGCGCACGCACCACCCGUGCGUCCCAUUCUCUUCUCUGUCCCGAUUGAGCACAUGGCGAGCAAGAAUCAUCCGUGCCUGGUGCGGCUGCUGGGGUUCUGCCACGACUACAACCCGCGCACCCAGCGCAUGGAGCAGAUUGUGAUCUAUGAGUUCAUGGAUAAUGGCGACCUGUCCCAGUGGACCAAACCAGGUAUGAGUGAACGGGGGGAGGGGAGGGAGUAA